ACGCCCAAAAUGGCGGCAGGAUUGAAAAGUUUGUUGCGGUUUUUGUUUUAUUUUAUGACAUUUUAUCGGUCUCUGUCCCCCACUGAAUAAAUCCCUAUUUUUAUAGCGUUUAAGAAGGUUAGUUGUUUAUUUCCGAUCCACGAACACGUGAUUUGGAUCGGUGUUUUGCUUAGUUUAGAUCGGUAAAGCGCCUCCGUUGACGUGUAUGAGGCAGAUGGCACUGAACUCGUGGACAGCACUGCAUCUAAUACAGUUAAAAUGAAGAGCAUUUGUACAUAGAGAUGGAGGAUGACGUAAAGAAAGUCAAAAAGCCAGGUAUUGUGUCUCCAUUCAAGCGGGUGUUUCUGAAAGGAGAGAAGGGGAGAGAUAAGAAGGCCCUGGAGAAGUCUACUGAGCGCAGGGCCCUCCACACCUUCUCCCUCUCUCUCCCGGACCACCGUAUCGACCCAGACAUUCUGCUCAAUGACUACAUUGAGAAAGAAGUUAAGUAUCUGGGACAGCUAACCUCAGUUCCUGGAUAUCUGAAUCCCUCCAGCCGCACAGAAGUUCUGCAGCUUAUUGACAAUGCCAGGAAGUCUCAUCAGUUGGCAGGACAGCUGACAUCAGAGCAGGAUGCUGUUGUGAGUUUGUCCGCAUACAAUGUGAAGCUUGUGUGGCGUGAUGGAGAAGACAUCAUUCUUCGCGUACCCAUCCAUGACAUUGCAGCUGUGUCCUACAUCAGAGACGACUCACUCCACCUCGUGGUGCUAAAAACAGCUCAGGAGCCCGGUGGUUCCCCAUGUCACAGUACAGAGAUGUCAAAAUCUCCCACUCUGAGCUCUCUUUCUGAGAGCGGGGCUGUGCUUGUGGAGGUCUGCUGCCUGCUUGUGCUGGCCGUCGACAACAAGGCUGCAGCAGAGGAGCUCUGUCUUCUACUCAGUCAAGUCUUCCAGAUCGUCUAUACAGAGUCCACCAUUGACUUCCUGGACAGGGCCAUCUUUGAUGGAGCCACAACACCCAUCAGGCAUCUCUCGAUCUGCAGUGAAGACUCCUCGAGCAAAGUUGAUGUCAAAGAAGUGUUUGAGGCUGAGACAAGCACAUUUUCGUUCCAAAGUUCUCUAGAGGCAGGACACUCCUCUAGCCCCUCCCCCUCCUCCACCCCGGCCUCACCACAAACCAUAACAGCCAGUGAGAGUGAACUAAGCACAACAGCUGCUGAACUGCUACAAGACUACAUGACCACAUUGAGGACAAAGCUGUCGUCUCAGGAGAUCCAGCAGUUUGCCACACUGUUACGUGAGUACAGAAACGGAGCCUCCAUCCAUGAGUUCUGUAUCAACCUGCGUCAGCUUUACGGAGACAGCAGGAAGUUCCUCCUCCUGGGACUGCGGCCUUUCAUUCCUGAGAAGGACAGCCAGCACUUUGAGAACUUUUUGGAAACCAUCGGUGUGAAGGACGGCCGCGGCAUCAUAACGGACAGCUUUGGGCGUUACAAACGCACGACAAGCUCUGCGUCAGACUCCACCACUAAUGGAAACGGUGCUGCGGGUGGUUCGGGUGAAGGAACGGCCACCUCUGAGGGCGACGAAUGGGACCGCAUGAUUUCAGACAUAAGCAAUGACAUUGAAGCGUUAGGAAGCAGUAUGGACCAGGACGGCUUGUCGUCUUGAUGUCACGGACUCGCAGUGUGCUUUAGCCAAUCACCACUUGAGAUAAUCACAUGGGCCACUGGUGGUCCAUAUUGCUGUCCAUCUAAUCUGACAAUGCUGGAGUUUGGAUACUGUAUGGAUACCACUUCCUGGCCAUCAUCCUUAUUUUUAUAUGUUGUGCCAUAUUAACACAACCAGAUUUUUCCGAUUUGACAAUUGUGAUUUUCAAGACCUGUGAUAGAAGGAUCGUAUAUUGCUGUGGAAAGCAGUUGCGUUCUUCUGGGAUGUUUAUUGGCAGUAUCUGCUACCACUAAUAAGAAACCUUGUUGCUGGUAGAUGUUGCUCUUUCACACUGAUCUGUAAGGAAGUUUAUUUCCAUCACAAUAAAAAAGGUAAUUGCGAUCUUUUAUCUUACAAU